AUGGCAGAGCUACAAAGAUCUGCGACGACGUUCAGGAGGUCAGGUUCAUCAGGGCUGGUGUGGGAUGAGAGGUUGUUCUCCGAGAAGAAGAAGGAAAAGGAGGAGGAGGAGGAGAAGGAGGAGGAAGGAGCCGAAGAAAUCAGGGAACUGAAGCACUCGAAGAGCGUAGGGUCGACCCGCCGAACGAUGGGACGCAACCGCAGCACCGGCGACGGCAGGCACGCCUUCCGUGCAGGUGUCCUCCCGCCGAACGUCGACCCGCCAUCUCCUAAGGUCCCUCGUUGCCUUUGCUGUGGAUUCUUCGGCAAGCGCGGAUUGGCAAGGCCGUCGAAGCCAAGAAGCCAGUGA